CUAAUUAUACACACUGUGGGCAAACCCUCACACCUGUUACUUUCAUCCCAUCACACUGGAAGCAGCCUUUACUUCUUUCAGUAACGAACUUGACAACAGAUCACAAAGCAGGACCUCUUUUCAAUCCCUCGUGCGAAUAAUGUUCUUCCACUUGAUGUUUGUGGCACUGCUGGGCCCCUGGCCUUGCCUCCCUAUGCGGACAUCUAACAUCUCUUACCCCAAAACUCUGCCAUGUGACGUUAGCGAGGCCAGCAAUGGGAGUGAGGUGAAGGUGGACUGCACCGAGAGAAGCCUCAAAGAAAUCCCCCUUGGCAUCCCUAGAGACACCACCAAUCUGACGCUCACCAUCAAUCACAUUCCUAAGUUAAACUCCACCUCCUUUCAUGGUCUAGAGAACUUGACUGAGAUUGACAUGAGGUGCAACUGCGUGCCCAUCAAAAUCGGACCCAAGGACCGCAUGUGCACUGCAAGCGUGACGAUCGAGGAAAAUACCUUCAGCGGACUGAGGAACUUGCGAGCACUUUAUCUGGAUGGCAAUCAGCUUUCCAGCAUACCAAUAGGUCUGCCUUCAAAUGUGAUCCUGCUGAGUUUGGAAGUCAAUCAUAUAUUUCAGCUUUCUAGUGCAAACCUCUCUGAGAUCAGAAAUGUUGAGGUGCUUUACCUCGGUCAAAACUGCUAUUAUCGCAACCCAUGCAACUAUUCCUACCAAAUAGAUGACGAUGCAUUUUUACAGUUUAACAAUUUGACAUUGCUAUCCCUCAAGUCGAAUAAUUUAUCCUUCAUACCGCAUCAGCUGCCCACAAGUUUGAGGGAGCUGUAUCUCUACAAUAAUAACAUCCAAAGAGUCACAGAUGAGCAUUUCAAAAACUUAACCAACCUUGAGAUUCUAGACAUUAGCGGAAACUGUCCUCGUUGUUACAAUGCGCCUUUUCCGUGCACCCCGUGCCCAGGUAACGCACCUCUUAAUAUCAGCAAUAUGGCUUUUAAAAUGCUGACGAAACUAAAGACGUUACGUCUGCACAGUAACUCCCUGAAGUUCGUGCCACAUGAAUGGUUUGCCAGCACAACUGAACUCAGAGUGCUUGACCUUUCAUCGAACUUUUUAGCAAGAGAGAUAGGAGUCACUACCUUUCCACAGUUCAUGGGGAAACUAGAAGAACUGGACCUUUCCUUUAACUAUGAGCUUCAGAAAUAUCCUCAAACCCUGAAACUUAGCUGCGAAUUCUCCAAACUCAAGUCUCUGAGAAUUCUUAGACUAAAAGGUUUUGUCUUUCAGAAGCUAAAACUAGAAAGCAUUAAGCCUUUAAAAGCUCUACCAAACUUGGAGGUUAUAGAUUUGGGAACAAACUUUAUCAAACUGACAAACCUCAGUAUUCUGACGGAACUGAAAAGCUUUAAAAUAAUCAGUCUUUCUGACAACAAAAUAUCGUCUCCCUCUGACGGGCAAGAUGCUGUUGGUUUCUCAGGAGGGGAGACCUUGAACUGGUCUCCCAUGUCGGCUGCUGCUGAGUACAGAAACAAGGAAGUGAGAGAAAUACAUUACUUCAGAUAUGAUGAAUAUGCACGCAGCUGCAAAUACAAAGAUAAAGAGCUUGGAGUUAUUACAUCCUUCGUCAACAGGGAAUGCAGUCAGUUUGGCAAAACUCUGGAUGUGAGCAGGAACAACAUAUUCUUCUUGCAUUCAAGAUUUUUGAACCUCGAAGACCUGAGGUGCCUCAAUCUAUCCGGAAAUGCGAUGAGUCAAAGUCUGAAUGGCUCCGAGUUCAAAUCUCUCCCUAAUUUACAAUAUCUGGACUUCUCAUCGAAUCGUCUGGACCUGCUAUACUCCACGGCGUUUUCCGAGCUGAAAAAUCUGGUCAUCUUGGACAUAAGUAACAACAACCACUAUUUUGAAUCAGAGGGCGUGACUCACAUGCUUAACUUCACCAGGAAUUUAACACAUCUCAGGGUACUAAUGAUGAACCACAACAAGAUAUCUACGUCCACUAACACUGAGAUGGAGAGUGAAUCCCUAGAAAGAUUGGAGUUCAGAGGUAACCGCUUAGAUAUGCUGUGGAGAGAUGGGGACACCAGGUAUGUCAACUAUUUCAAGAAAUUACGUAAUCUCACUGUCCUCGACAUCUCCCAAAACAACCUCAACUUUAUUCCAGCUCAAGUGUUCAGCGGCCUUCCGGACAAACUGUCUGAUCUCUACAUCAGAAACAACAAACUAAAAUCCUUUUCUUGGGGGAAACUGCAACUCCUGCAUUCUUUGCAAGUCUUGGAUCUCAGCUGGAACAGCUUAACUACGGUUCCACGAGUCCUGUCGAACUGCACAAAGUCUCUCAAGAAACUCAUUUUGCAUGACAAUCAAAUCGUUAAACUCACAAUGGACUUCCUCAAGGAUGCCUACAACUUAAAAUACCUGGAUCUUAGCUAUAAUUUAAUAAAGCACAUUGAAAAGUCCAGCUUUCCAGAUGACGUUGUUAAUCAGAUGGACAUGUUACUUCUGCAUCACAACAGAUUCCUCUGCACUUGCAAUGCUACUUGGUUUGUGAUGUGGCUCAACAGCACCAAAGUCACCAUUCCCAGACUGGGCACGGAUGUCACUUGUGCUGCUCCAGGCGCACAAAGAGGUCGCUCUGUUGUUUCAGUGGAUCUGCUGGCCUGCCAGCACCACUACCUGUCAAUCAUCCUCUACAUCCUCAUGACCUCCUUCAUGCUCUGCUUCAUCACACUGUCCAUCUCCAGCCACCUCUUCCUCUGGGAUGUGUGGUACAUCUACCACUUCUGCAGGGCCAAGCUCAAGGGCUACAGCCGCCUGCAUUCUCAGAGUGCCGCCUAUGACGCCUUUGUGAUCUACGACAAGGACGACCCCGCAGUGACCGAGUGGGUCAUGAAGGAAAUGUGCGUCCAGCUGGAGGGCCGCGGAGACCGUCGCCUGACGCUGUGCCUGGAGGAACGGGACUGGAUCCCUGGGUGUCCCCUGAUCGACAACCUCUGCCAGAGCAUCCACAGGAGCAAGAGGACCGUGUUCAUUCUCACCAAACAGUAUAUUAAAGGGGGGAACUUCAAAACUGCUUUCUACAUGGCCCACCAAAGGCUCAUGGAUGAAAAAAAUGAUGUUAUAGUGCUUAUUUUCUUAGAGAAAGUACCUUGCAAUUCAAAGUACUUGAGGUUGCGGAAGAGGCUGUACAGGCGGUCGGUGUUGGAGUGGCCAACAAACCCUCAGGCUCAGCCGUACUUCUGGUUCACUUUGAGAAGUGUGUUAGCCACUGAAAGUCACAAACAAUACAACAAUCUUUUCAAAGAAACGCUGUAAAGAGAAACAUUGAAAUUAGUUCCUCAUCUCAAUGCAUG